AAGUGAUAAGAUAUUCUUAGUACUAAGAGAUUCUGCAGCAAAUCUGGUAGCUGGAAUUAAGAAUUGCAACUUAGAAGCAUUAUCAUACGCUGCAGCUGACAAUAAGCGAAUGCAUAUUUUCUAAACAUGAUGUGAAAACUAUAAUCACAGUUAAUAGGAAUAUUGUCACACAUUUUAAUCAUUCUGCUGUAGCUGUAAUCAAAUUAGAAGAUUUGCAAGAAAAGUUAGGUUUGCAGAAACACAAAUUAAUUCAAGAUGUUCCUACUCGCUGGAAUUCUACAUACUACAUGUUGGAACAGCAAAAGGCCCUUGUCACAUAUACUAUAGAUAAUAAACUUCCUAUGUUGAGUCCAUAUCAGCGGUCUCUCGUUGAAAAAAUUAUUCUACUUAAUACUUUAACACAAAAUUACGUAAAUUCCACUACAGAUAUCAAGACAGAAGAAGUAGAAAAGAAUUAUGAUGUAAAACAUGGUAUAAAAUCAGAAUGUAAAGUUGUUUUGAAAAAAUUGAAGAUUGAAGUAAAGACUGAAGAUUGUAAAGAAGUUGUUUAUCUUCCAGAUAAUAAUGAACAGCUAAUGCCAGUCAACAAUGAAUUCUUCACUCCGGACGAAAAUUUCAACAACAAUGAAAUGAACAUCCAAAUUAAGGAGGAAGAGCAGAUUCAAGAAUACGAUAUUCCACACAACUCCGAAAGAGAAAAACGUUUUAAAUAUAUUAAAAGAAACAAAUACGUUCCUUCCAGUAGGAAAUGCAAUAAAAUUCAUGAUAAGAUUAAAAGGAAAUACUUCAAGGUUAUGUUUGCAUCUCAUUCUAAACAAGAAUUUACGUGUGAUUUAUGUAAAAAGACUUUUACAAAUAAGAGAAUAUUAGAAACACAUCUACUCUGCCAUAUUAGAAAGAAACCAUUUUGCUGCACAACCUGCAAUAAGAAGUUUUUGUGGCAAUUUCUUUUGCAAAGACACAUGAAAAAACACAAAAUUGGAAGUAAAAACGAAAUCUCUCAUAGGAAUUUACGUUUGCAGCCAUCUGAAGAUCGAGUGAAGUCAUCUCUAAGAAAUGAUAAAAAAUCUAAUAUCCAGCGGGAAAACGUGUACUGCGACAUUUGUGGUAAGCACGUUCCAUAUGGUAAGGGCCGUUUAGAAAUACACAAGAGAACACACAGAACUCAUGCCUGCGAAAUAUGUGGAAAAGAAUUUAAGCGUAAAGGUAUUUUGUUACGUCAUAAACCAAUGCAUAGUACAGACCGUCCUUUUAAAUGUCAUAUUUGCGAUAAGAGUUUUAAAUCGAUAUACCAAGCGAAAGACCAUCAAAAAAUUCAUAGUGAAGAACGACCUUUCAAAUGCGAUAUUUGUAAUAAGGGUUAUAAAUGGAAAGGACAACUAAAAGAACAUUACGAAACUCAUAAUGAUGAACGUAAUUAUUCUUGUCAAGUAUGUAACAAACGUUUUAAAACAAAAAACACUUUAACAUGUCAUAAAUUAGUUCAUAAUAAUCAAUUUAACCAUACUUGUGAUGUAUGCAACAAAUGUUUUAAAUCAAAAUCUAAUUUGCGACGGCAUAAACUUGUUCAUAGUAAAAAAUAUAUCAAACGAGAAAAUGUGUAUUGCGACAUCUGUGGUAAGCGCGUUCCAUACGGUAAGGGCAGUUUAGAAAGACACAAGAGAAUACACAAAGUACAUGCCUGCGAGAUAUGUGGAAAAGAAUUCAAGUUGAAAAAGUUGUUGUUAUUUCAUAAACCAACGCAUAGUGAAGAACGACCUUUUAAAUGCGAUAUUUGUAAUAAGGGUUUUAAGUGGAGAGGCUUAUUAAAAAGGCAUCAAAAAGCUCACAGUGAGGACCGUCCUUUCAAAUGCGAUAUUUGUAAUAAGGGUUAUAAAUUUAAAGUGCAACUAAAACUCCAUCGCGAAACUCAUACUGAUGAACGUAACUAUACUUGCCAGGUAUGUAACAAAAGUUUUAAAACAAAACAGUAUUUGGCAGGACAUAAAAUAGUUCAUAAUGAUAAAUUUAACCAUACUUGUCACAUAUGUAACAAAAGUUUUAAACGAAGAAAUCAUUUAAAACAGCAUAUUAAUGUACACACUGAUGAAUAUAAAUAUUCUUGUGACAUAUGUAACAAAUAUUUUAAAUUAAAAAGCAAUUUGACAAGACAUAAAUUAAUUCAUAAUGUUGAAUUUAAGCAAACUUGUUAGGUAUGUAACAAAAGUUUUAAACGAAGAAGUCAUUUAAAACAGCAUAUUAAUGUACACACUGAUUAAUAAAAAUAUUUUUUUCAUAUAUGUGUAAAAUAUUUUAAGACAACUGGUUUGAAACAGCACAAUAUUAUUCAUAACGAUAGAAAAAAGUAUGUGUGACAUAUGUCAAAAAAGCUAUACCAAUCCAACUGCCUUAGCCAGACAUUGUAUUAUUAAACAUGAAAAGAUGUAUGUAUGCAAUAUUUGUAACAACCGUUUAAGAUUAAAAACACAUAGAAGAACAUUCGAAAGUUCACAUCUAAAAGUGUAAUUAAUAUGUGUAAUAAAGAAUUUAAAAGUAAAUGCAACGUAGUCAGUAGAAAUUUCAUUUGAACAUAAAACCGUUUUGUUGUCAGAAGUGUAAUGAACAUAAACAAUGAAGACAAUCUUC